CCACCCCCCUGGUUGGACCUCUCGCCCGCCUCGUCCUUUUUCGGGUUGCGUUGGAAAACAGACUACCUAGCUAAGUCAAGUCGCAGGAGCCUUAGCUAGUUAGUGUCCCUGUCGGUCUAAUGCGGUGAAUGGAUUGUGGCUUGCACUUAUCCCCGUCUUUCUUUCGACCUACAACUCUCUUUCUCUCCCCCAAACUCUCCGCUCUUAUCAAUCCACUCUUCUCCUCAAACCGGUUAUCCCUGAAUCUUGGUUCACUUCCGAAGAACUCAAAAUAGACGAAUAGUUUUCGGGAUUAUUCAGGGUUCUCUGAUCUCUGCACAAGGACAGUUUCUGAACCAUCUGCCAAAAUGUCAUCCCCAAAGGCAUCCGACAAUGGGGAGGGCUCCUCGUCGCUACGGCCCCGUUCAUCGUCGCCAAUCUCCACCUCCGCAAUGCGAUCGAGAUCUCCUGCAACUGACGCCUCUGUGAGGCAUGUUUCUAUCGCACGCCUGGCGUCGCCAAUCCCCUCUCCGUCCAAUCAGUCCUACUCGUCCAGGCAGGUGCCCGUGCCCGUGCAGCCGGCAAGCGGCGCCGUCGAGGAUUAUCGCAAAGUCGAUCAUUCUUCCUCCAUACCAGGUCCGGGUCAUUCGAUGAUUUCCUCUGCUCUUCAGGAUUAUAUGGGUAGAUCGCCGCCAGCAAGAGUAGGGACUCCGCCCAGACAAACCGCGUCUCCUGCCCUGCUCAAUCAACCCAUCCGAUCGAACUACGGCUCCUUCGAUGGACGAGAAGGCUCGGAAUAUUCGGCAGGUCCUUACGAAGAUCCAGAAGUCAUCAAGCGACAUUUGGUGCAACCUCAAAAUGGGGACGGCCGGGACUACUAUUUCUCAGGCGAUGCUGCUAGUAACGCAGAUGACGAGUUCUCCAGUCUACAACUGCAGGGUGGUGAUAUAACCAGGCAGGUUUACAGGUGGGCGGAGGACGCAGAAUCAGGAAACUCCUUGCGCAAACCUCAACGCAGCAGGAGUUUCAGCCAUAACCGACCACUGCCCCAAGACGAAACGAUGAAUAUCAACAGCAUUCGUGUACCGGGAGGGUUUCGCAGAGACUAUCUGCGAAGAGCUGUAGGCCCCGGGGACUCCGAAGACUCGGGGGUGCAGGCGCCCGUCAGUCAACCUCAAUUCCCGACAAGCAGCUUCCUCGAAUUCUUGACCCUCUAUGGUCACUUUGCAGGUGAGGAGCUGGAAGAGGAUGAUGAGGUGCUGGGCCCUGACGAGUACUUCUCGUCUGAUACCUACGAUGAAGCGGAAGGUAGAGAACCUGGCGAAGACUCCGCUCUGCUUCGCCCGGAUACUGCUGGUAGGAGAAAGCGCAAGCCGCGUGGAGGUACUGGAAACAACACGAUGACUGGUGCGGCUCUUCUCCUACUCAAAUCUUUUGUGGGAACGGGAGUCCUGUUCCUCCCGAGAGCUUUCCUGAACGGAGGAAUGUUGUUCAGUAGCAUGGUUCUGCUAGGAGUGUCACUUCUCAGUUUCUACUGCUUCAUCUUGUUGGUCAGUACUCGACUGAAGGUCGAUGGCUCAUUUGGUGAUAUCGGUGGCCAACUCUACGGUAAACACAUGCGGCGCAUCAUCCUCGGCUCCAUCGUCCUGAGUCAACUGGGUUUCGUGUCGGCAUAUAUUGUGUUUACGGCUGAAAACCUGCAGGCCUUCGUCCUUGCUGUCAGCAAUUGCAAGUCUUUCAUUGACAUUAAGUUCAUGGUUUUGCUGCAGCUGGUCAUCUUCCUGCCUCUUUCAUUGAUUCGCGAUAUCAGCAAACUUGGUUUCACUGCACUGAUCGCCGAUCUGUUUAUUCUGCUUGGUCUGAUCUAUCUCUUCUAUUACGAUUUCCUCACCAUCUCGAACCAGGGUGGGAUCUCCGACAUCAUCUCCUUUAACCCAUCCACGUGGACUCUGUUUAUCGGAACAGCUAUUUUCACAUUUGAAGGAAUUGGCCUGAUUAUUCCCAUCCAAGAAUCUAUGAAGGAACCCCACCGCUUCCCUGGCGUCCUGGCCGGCGUCAUGGUCAUCAUCACGAUUAUCUUCCUUUCAGCUGGCGCUGUCAGCUAUGCAGCCUACGGUUCCGCGACCAAAACGGUUGUUAUCCUGAACCUGCCCCAGGAUGACAAAUUCGUGAACGCCGUGCAGUUCCUCUACUCCCUUGCCAUUCUCCUGAGCACCCCGCUCCAGCUCUUCCCUGCCAUCCGUAUCAUGGAGAACGAGCUGUUCACGCGCAGCGGAAAGUACAACCCGUGGAUCAAGUGGAAGAAGAACUGUUUCCGAUUCUUCCUCGUCAUGAUCUGCGCGUUCGUCGCCUGGGGCGGCGCCGAAGAUCUCGACAAGUUCGUCUCGCUCGUUGGAAGUUUCGCCUGCGUGCCGUUGAUCUAUGUGUAUCCGCCUCUGCUCCACCUCAAAGCCUGUGCGCAGUCUCGCAGGCAGCAAAUCGCCGACAUCGCACUGGCCAUCUUCGGUGUUCUCAGCUGCGUGUACACGACCUCCUUGACGCUCAGCAACUGGAUCGGCGGCGGAGACGUCAAGCCGCCCGGUUACUGCGACUCGCAAUCUGUAUAGAUGUUCCACGAUCUGUCUUCCCGACCCUUUCCUGGAAGGUUUAACGAACCGUCCAGUACGUAUGUGAUGGACGCUACCAUGAAGCCACUACAAAUGCUAUUGUUGAUACAUAUUUCUGCCCGUUCGAUUACAAUCAUGAUUGUCUCUGUGCUUGGAUACAGGACCGUUUCUCAAGACCAACUCAGCCUGUUUCUUUUUCCAUUGUUCCUUUUUGUGGGUUUUACUCUGGCUAUGUUUGAUAUAGACUUUAGACGAGAUUGCCAAUUUUACG